GUGAGGGAGAGCGAGGUGCAGGCUGUGUGGCUGCAGAGCCAGGCAGAUGUGGUGGGUCGGGAGCUGUGGGAGGAGAGUGCCCAGCGAGACAGGGAGCUGUGGGCGUGGAGGGACCGCUACCACGCUGCCUCAGAGGGCCUGAGGCUGAGGGAGGCUGAGCUUCAGGAGGUACAGAGGGCCAGGGACACGGCCCUCAGAGGCCUGAGACUACAGGAGGAGAAGAGCCACAGUAUGGGGGCCCAGAGGCAGGAGCUGCAGCACAGCCUGGAGGACCUACAGGACAGGGUGAGGAGCUGGGGCUGCGGCUGGGGAGGUACUGGGAGCAGGGGUCGAGGGACGGGUAGGAAGAGGAGGGGAGAGGUGGAAGAGAGUCAGGGCCUGGGGAGGAGGGGGAGGUGGCAGGGUGCAGGCUUGGUGGCGGGGGUGCGGCUGCAGUGUGGGUGUAGUGAGGACCCGGUCAGGCUCCAUAACAUCAGGUCACUGGGGUCUAAUUAAGCUGAGCUCCACAUUAGGCUGCAACCCCAGAAAUGUACAGGAAAUUCAGUUGUUUUUUUUCCCACUUUCAAGUGCACUGCCGUGUUAAAACGCAUAUGACCCCCAUGGAUUUAAUUAAAAAUGUUGUGCUUAGCAAGCAGGUUAAUGACGCUCCUUAAUGGGCUUUGUGGAAAAUUAGCCUCACAGAGAGGAGAAAGUAUAUUUUCUUUUCUUUACUGAUGUGUUUCUUUCUUGUAAUUUUAUUGUUUCUUGUGAUAAAAAGGACAUUAUAACUCAGUUAACUACCACUGUUAGGAAUAACUCCUGUAGGUCAACUGAAAAUCACUCAGCCAUAGCCCUCUCACAAUCAGAAUUUUCUAUGUGAAAAUAAGGCGCCUCUGUUUCAGAGUGAGGCCUGUGCUCAUUGGAAGGCACAGCGGUCUGUAAAAGCAUGUGUGGUGAACCUCAGACUGACCUUGUGCCUCUCUAUCUGCUCAUUGUCCUCUGUCUGUCUGUCUGUCUGUGUUGUGGUUGGAAUCCUCAGCCACUCUUUAGAUACCUCAGUCUACAACCACCCCUCCGACCCCCCUCUCCUCCCCAGCCCACCAACCCACUCACCCAUUCCACAUGUUUCUGGUAUCAGUGUUGUUGUUGUUAAUUGCCUCAUCCCAGUCUGCCUCUCUCUGUCUCUCAUGCGUAUGAUUACUCGCGACAAAAUAACACUAUCAAUAUAGCCGUGUGUUUUUAUUACUCUGUUACCAAUGUGGAGUCUCAUCAUAUUUUAACAGAUUUGGGCAGCAAAAACGGAUAGAGAAAGCUGCUUUAUCAAUAAUUAUGUGUAAUCCACAACAAUUUCACAGAAGCUGAAUAACAAUAGCAAAAAUUGUUCUGUAUAAACCCGUAUUAUCCAAUUUGCAGUGAAAUGGAGGGAUGUAGCUAGCAGACAAACCUAUUUCCCUAAAACAGGAAAACAUUUCUUGCUUAUCUAGAGCAUGUUUUUUGUCCAAAUGGGAAACUAACUGGACAGAACAUCUAUAUAGAUUGUGUUCUUUUCUCAUGUACAAUUGUGGUGUUCCCACCAUUAAAGGGACUUUUACCUCUUUAUGUGUUAUUAUGUGUAUCCAUGGGAUGGCACUAAAACCAUCAAGCUCUUUGUCAUUGAUUUUCCUGUAUCCCUGUAAGACGGAACAUAGAGAACAACAUUAAAUAAACGUUUGAUUUGAACUUUUUUGUGCUUGCUGAUUGCAAAUAAUGCCAGUGCUUUGAACAGGAAAGUGCUUUCCACUUAGCUAUUACUAUACAAUCAGCAUGUUCUCUGUCCUUGAUGUGUUCUUAAGUGUGUUAUGUUCCCUCCUGUCCCACAGCUUGCCCAGAAGGAUGAGACAGUGGUGGCUGUCAGAGUGAAGCUGCAGGACCAUGAAGAAGACACCCGUGUUCUCCGCCAACAGCUGCUCUCCUCCCAAGAUGCACUGCAGCAAGUUACUGCCGAGCUGAGGUCAUGUAGAAGAGAGAGGGAGAAGCAGGUAAGAACAUUUUUCAUUUCAUUUGACCCAUUAAGAGCCAUGUAUUGAAAUGUUUAUGACAAUGGAAUGACCUUUCAUGUGCCACUUGUUAUAGGAUAGCCAGUGUGUGGAGACAGAGGAGAGGCUUGCUGAGAUCAGAGCUGAUCUGGUCCAACUACAACAGCAGUAUUCCACCUGCUAUGCCCAGGUACUUGAACCUUGAUAGAAAGUCACCAGUACCAAUAGUUACAUAAUAUGCUAAAAAAGUCAGUAGGGUUAUCCAUAUACUGUACCUCUGCUAGCCUCUUUUAUUAGCCUCUCCUCUAUUAGACCCAUUCUAUUUCUCUGUCUGUGUGUAGCUGGUCCAGGAGGAGGCUGUGGUGAGCAGGCUGAGGGAGGAGCUGCGUGAGGUGGGGGAACAGAGAGACAGACUGGCCUCUCAGGUGACAGAGAACCAGGACCUGAGCCAUGAACUGGACCUGCUCACUGAGAAACACAAGGCUGCACAGCACGAG